GAUUCAGUGGUGUGAUCACCAGAUCUCGGCUUGGAAUCAGUCAAACAUUUUCCAGUUCCCAGGCAGCAUGUCGUUCUCUUUGAGUGUUUGCAUUUUUCUAGGAGUCUUUGCUUAUGUCCAGAGCAAUGUGCGCUUCCACUUCUCGCUGGAUUUCCAUGUAAAGCAGCCGGCCAAUUCGACUGAAACCAUUGACAAGACCAUCAUUGUGGAAGAUAAUAAGGUAUCCAUGGUGGAUAAUGAAGUGACUACAAAGUCUCCCAUUGGCCAGUGGACGGAUCAGGAGCAGUUCAAUGCGCUCACCCUGCAGAAGGUGAUCGAUACCAGGAGUUCGGUGCAGCAGCUUAACGCGGAGCUCUCGCCUCUGGCGGGCAGGAGCAACGAUCUGGCCAGGAGAGUUAAGCACAGUCUGCGCUAUGUCAACGAUGUGGACGCUAAUCUGGAGCAUCUGACCAGCUUUGGCCAGCUGGUGGAGCUGCUGAGGAAGUUUGUGACUCUGGUGGAUAGCUUAAGUGAACCUAGUGCCGCAGGUGGAAUCCGCAGCCUGGAGUAUGUCCUGCUAAAGUUAGCCCUAGAGAAGUACCAACUUCUCAGGCAGCGACAAGAGCUUGGGGAGCUCUUGGAGCGGGCGGAGAGUGCCUGGCAACGAUACCGAAGCACGCAGGUGGUCCUCAUGGAUAACUCCACCUGAGUCGGGUGUAUAUGUACAUAGAUUUAGAGAUACUUUGUUAAGAAUAGAUUUUAAAGGCAGGGAAAGGACAAAGGCCAGAAUCAUCGGGCGAAGCAAUCGCUGCACCAUCAUCUACCAGGGAAGAACGGCCCUUGAAGGGAAUAAAAGGCAUCGAAGGGACUUCCUGUCUAUUAUUCGGUUCCACUGUAAUACCCAGGAUUGCUACAGGUACCCUCCUAGGGAAGACAGGAGAGCGGGGCAUUGAGCUCAGGGGUUGACCUAAAUCUCCUUUGAAUCCAGAGUUCUCUAUGGAUGGAAAAUACGUUACACACGCAGGGAAUGCCUUUUUGCACUUAGAAAAACUUAAGUAUUUACUUUUCCGUAAUUAAUUUAAAUACUAAUUCUAAAAUGUAUAUAUUUUAAGGCUUAUUUUAUGGAUAUUCGGUUGAAAUUUAUAAGCAUUUUUAGCUUAAAAACAGUUUCAACGUAAAAUUAAAACCUACAACUUUCGAAAUUCA